CGGUCGCGCUAAUGGGCUUGCUGACACAAGGCUCCCCGCUGAACUGGAGCGAGACGAAGAAGUACGCCGACCAUGUGAGGAAACACGGCAUCGUUCAGUUUCUUAACAUCUACAACAAGGUCAAAGACCGGCAGAAGGACGUGCUCAAAUGGGGUGAUGAGGUGGAGUACAUGUUGGUAGAACUGGAUGAAAAAAAUGAAAAGGCUUGUCUUGUUCUGAAUGGAAAUGAAGUGUUGGAAACGUUGCAAGAAAAGGGGGAAAAUGCCAACCCUAACCAUCCAACCCUGUGGAGACCAGAGUAUGGCAGCUACAUGAUUGAGGGCACGCCGGGGCAGCCUUAUGGUGGAACGAUGUCAGAGUUCAACACCGUAGAGGACAACAUGGGUAAACGGAGGAGGGAGGGCUGCUCCGUGCUCAACAAAGACGAGACUCUCUGCACCAUCACGUCAUUCCCUCGGUUGGGUUGUCCAGGUUUCACAAAGCCAGAACAAAAGCCAACUCCUGUUGAAAAAGGAGCAAGCAAGUCUCUCUUCUUCCCCGAUGAAGCAAUCAACAGGCAUCCCCGCUUCAGCACUUUGACCAGGAACAUUCGUCACAGAAGGGGGGAGAAGGUGGCCAUCAACGUACCGAUCUUUAAAGAUCAAAACACACCAAAUCCAUUUGUGGAGACGUUUCCUGAGGACGACGGGGAGGCGGCGAGCGCAGCCCUCUCUGACCACAUCUACAUGGACGCCAUGGGCUUUGGAAUGGGAAACUGCUGUCUGCAGGUCACAUUUCAAGCUUGCAGCAUCAGUGAGGCUCGAUACCUCUAUGAUCAGCUGGCCACAUUCUGCCCCAUAAUGAUGGCCCUCAGUGCUGCUUCUCCUUUCUAUCGUGGCUACAUGUCGGAUAUCGACUGUCGCUGGGGCGUUAUCUCAGCCUCGGUGGACGACAGAACUCGGGAAGAACGAGGGCUGGAGCCUUUAAAAAACAACAAGUUCAGGAUCCACAAGUCAAGAUACGAUUCCAUCGACAGCUACCUUUCUUUUUGUGGGGAAAAAUACAACGAUAUAGAAUUGACGAAAGACGAUGAGAUCUACAAUCAGCUCCUGGACGCGGGUAUUGACAAACUAUUGGCCCAGCACAUCGCACACCUUUUUAUUCGUGACCCACUUUCACUGUUUCUGGAGAAGAUUCAUUUGGAUGAUGAGAACGAAUCGGAUCACUUUGAGAAUCUUCAGUCAACUAACUGGCAGACCAUGAGAUUCAAACCACCUCCUCCAAAUUCUGACAUAGGAUGGAGAGUCGAGUUUCGGCCCAUGGAGGUUCAGUUAACCGACUUUGAGAACGCUGCAUAUGUUGUGUUCAUUGUACUCCUCACACGAGUGAUCCUUUCCUACAAGUUAGACUUUCUCAUUCCUUUGUCAAAGGUUGAUGACAACAUGAAAGUCGCCCAGAAACGAAAUGCCGUGCAAGAAAGCAUGUUUUAUUUCAAGAAGGACAUCUAUAAAGGCUGUAACCCGUUAUUUGAAUCAAAAAAUGGCGUUGAGAAUGACGAAGAUCAGGAGGAGUACACUCUGAUGAGCAUUGACACGAUCAUCAACGGCAAGGAGGGAGUGUUCCAGGGACUUGUACCGAUUCUGAACUGCUACCUGGAGAAUAUGGAGGUUGACGUAGACACACGAUGCACCAUCUUGAACUACCUGAAACUCAUUAAGAAGCGAGCAUCGGGAGAACUGAUGACCAUGGCGAAGUGGAUGAGGGAAUUCGUUGCCAAGCAUCCACAGUACAAGAAAGACAGCGUGAUAACUGACAAAAUAAACUACGACCUGCUCCGUAAGUGCGACCGAAUUGCCAAGGGAGAAGAGCAGUGCCCUGAACUGAUCGGUGAGCCGGUGAAAAGAGGAAACUGAGGCAGAAGAAGAGCAAACAAAUGUUUUAUUUGUUGUUUUUGAUUUCUGCAUGAAAACUGAUGACCAAAAUGUUUCCACAAGAUAAAAAAAAAAACAUUCCAGACAAAUUGAAGUUUUGGAGUAUGAACUGCAGGGUUUCUUUUUUUUUUUUUUUUUUUUUUUUGUACAUAUGAGAUUUUUAUGCUUCUCAAAAAUCUAAAUUAUUUUAAUAACAUAAGUCAGUCAAUCGGUGUCCCUGGAAUCAGUUGUCUAUAUUUUCUUCUUCUUUCUGACUCAAGAUUAUUUUCUGUGAUUGUGUGUGUAAAGGAAGCAUUUGUACAUUGGUUUUCUUUGCCCAUUUUAAAAGCCUGCUGUAAAUAAUGUUUCUUCAUUAAGCUGACGAGUGCAUAACAAUGUUGAUUUAAUAGCUAACAAAUGUCUGUUCCUUUCUGUUGAGAUUUUUUCUCUCUCUCCACACAAAAUCCAUGAACACCACAUGUGGUUUGAAGGUGUAAAAAUUGUGCUUCAAUACAGAAAUUCUCAGGCUAAAUUCCCUCUGAUUAAAAUAAAUCCUUAGCAUUA